AUGGACCUGAGAGGGCUGCAGCUGGACUACGUAGUGCCGCCGGGCUCCAAGCGGCGCCCCCGGGGAGAGCCCUGCUGCCCCUCCGUGGGCAAUUCCUCCGCUGCGGAAGACGACGACGAAGAGGAGGAAGAAGAGGAGGAAGCCUGCGGCGCCAGGAAGAAGAGGCGGGGGGCUCCGGGAGCGCCGGGCGAGGACCGGGGAGGGGGCGGGAAAAGGCAGGCACCGGGCGGCCGCGGCGCCGCGGCAGAGUGCAAGCAGACCCAGCGAAACGCGGCCAACGCGCGCGAGCGAGCCCGCAUGCGCGUGCUGAGCAAGGCGUUCUCGCGCCUCAAGACCAGCCUGCCCUGGGUGCCGCCCGACACCAAGCUCUCCAAGCUGGACACGCUGCGCCUGGCCUCCAGCUACAUCGCCCACCUCCGGCAGCUGCUGCAGGAAGACCGCUACGAGAAGGGCUACGUGCACCCCCUCAACCUGACCUGGCCAUUUGUGGUUUCAGGAAGACCAGAAUCUGACACCAAAGAGGUUUCUACAACCAACAGACUAUGUGGAACUACGGCUUAGUUAAAGAGAAAGCAAUACUGUUGCUGGAUGUGCCUACAAACAACCUUGGUUUUUUAAUGGACCAAAUCAAAGUGCUGCAGACCGUCUACUAAAUGUUUAACCCACUGCUUUUGUUCAGAUGGAAGGAAAGUUGCACUUAACUGUAAGAAAAGAAAACAGUUUACUGAACUUGUUGCUGUAGCAGAAGUGGUGGGUUUGGAAGGCCUUCAUUUGUGUAGCUAACAACGGUGCCUGAAGAACAUGCUCUGAAGCAUUUCUGACUAACCAAAGAGGAUAUACAAAAGAAUGAUAAUGAUAGAAUUAACAGCAUGGACCAAAAGUAUAGAUUAUUCAAGCUACUCCCAAACAGUGUUAUUUGUAUGCCAAAGGAAAGUGGUAUUCUAGAAUAGCAUUUAAACUAAAAUUUAUAAUAUAUUUGAUUUUGUGUUAUUGGCAGCUAUGCAAUAGUAAGGCUACUUCUGUAGUCUUAGCCACAUUUUCUUAAAGAUGAAGACAAAAAAAGUAGUUUCUACUUGUUCCUUUGCGGCCUGCUCCGUAAAUGUAUUAAAUCAAAUUACUUGAAUGCAAGCCAAACACAUGCAUUCCCAUUGAUGCAGGUGGAACCACAUUUGUUUAGAUGAUUACUGUGACCUAAAUGAUCAUGGAUCACAAUCAUAGAAAAGUUCUUGUUGGAAAUAGGUUCUUAAUUAUAUUCAUAGGGUGUAUUCAGGAAAAUUUAAAGAAUUGCCAAAAUUGUUGGAAGUCUGUAUAGUUCAAAUG